UACAGUGUUUCAGGGCGGCAGAAGUGCGCUGUCGCGGUGGCUCUGGCCGACGGUACCCGGUACCGAGUGUGACUGCGUGUUCGCGAGGAGGGUACUCUGUGUCCAGCGUGUCCUGCGGGUCCUGCGCGCCGUGCCGUGCCGUGGAUGCCGGCUGCCUAGCGUAACGGACUUUUCCAGUGCGGUGCCGCCGGGAGGGAGGCCGCGCAGACAGCGAGACUUCUUGCUCCGCGUCCAGCGGCUUUUCUAAGGAGGAGGCCGCGAUGAGCAGCAUGGAGUUGGAGCCCAAGACUGAGGACAAGCUGGACAAGCCGGAGAAGGCGGCCGAGAAGGUGGAGAAGACGGACGACAAGAAGGAGAUCGAGGAGGAGGAGCGCGAGAUGAUGCUCAACGAGGAGAACAAGAAGCACACCGAGGAGGCCAACGAGAAGGCCAAGGAGGCCGGCGAGGACACCAUCGAGGCCGCCGACGCCAAGGUGUCUACCGGGGAGGUGGAGCGGAAGCGCAAGGCCCUGGAGGAGGCCACCAAGAAGGACGACAAGGGCCGCGUGCCCAUCGGCGGCAUCCGCAUGCCGGGCUUCCUGCAGCGCCGCGGCAAGGACAAGGGCAAGGAGCCGGACCCCGAGGAGGGCGUGGACCUGCUGGAGCAGGGCGGCGCGGCGGCGGACAAGGCCGCCGAGGGCGCGGAGGGCGCGCGCGAAGGCUUCGGGCCGCGGUGCCAGCGCAGCCUGCGCCGCCUCAUGCCCAACAUGCCCAAGGGCGUGCCCAACCUGCCCGCCAUGCCCGCCAUGCCCGCGCUGCGGCCCCACCUCGCCAGCCUCAAGCUGGCCAACCCCUUCAGCAAGAAGAAGAAGGCCACGGACGUGGAGGCCGGCCCCACCGUUACCAGCGAGGAAGGCGCGGCGCAGGAGACGACCCCCGUGCAGGAGGCGGCCGACAAGGAGGCCCUCGCCGAGAAGGAGAAGCACCUGCAGAAGGCCAAGGAGGCCGGCCUGGAGGUGGUGGAGGUCGUCAAGAGCAAGAACAAGGAGGACGAGGCUGACGCCGCCGACGGCAUGGAGACGGUGCAGCUCGACGCCGAGGAGAAGGGUGACCCGGACAAGGACGCAGCCGCCGCCAACAAGAACCUGCCCCUGAUGGAGCGCGUGCGCGCCUACCCGCACAAGCUGGUGGUGGCUGGCGUGGCCGUCUUCGUGGUGCUGCUCAUCACCAUCAUCUCGGUGGCCGUGUCCGGGCCGCGGCAUGACUUCGCGCGCGGGCCCAUCCCCGACGGCAACGGGAAGUUCGCCCUCGCCACCACCUCGUGCGGACUGGUGCAAGGCCUGCUCGAAAGUGGGGCUUACACUUUCCGAGGCAUUCCCUUUGCACGCCCUCCCGUUGGUCAGCUCCGCUGGAAACCUGCCCAACCGUUGGACAAUUUGGAACACUGUUGGAAUGGUACCUUCACUGCUCACAACGCUUCAAACUUCUGCUGGCAAAUUUUCCCUGAAGAUCAAUCAGUGAAUGGAGCUGAAGACUGCUUGACUUUGGAUGUGUACACUCCUCAAGUGAGUUUUGAGAACCCUCUUCCAGUUGUCGUUGUUGUUGGGUCAUCUCAUAUGACUGGAGGCUCAACUACUCCGCUCCUGCAACCAACAGCCAAGCUUUCUCGUGCCAAGGAAGUUGUUUUCGUCAGGCCCAACUUCCGUUUGGGAGUUCUCGGCUUCCUUUCAACCAAAUCCUUAUCUCGAUCUGCCUAUCCUCAAACUAGUGGAAACUAUGGUCUCUCUGACAUUAAGAUGGCCUUAGAGUGGGUGAAGCUCAACAUUGCUGCUUUCGGAGGGGAUCCCAAUGCCGUAACUGUUCUUGGAUACCGUGCUGGUGCUACACUGGUAACAGCUUUAGCAUCAUCCCCUUCAUCGAAAGGCUUGAUGAAGCGUGUGUGGGUGACAAGUGGUUCUGCUGACUUCCCUGGACGCCCUCUCUCUGAGUCGGAAAAUGAUGCCGCACCUUUCCUUGAGAAACUUCGUGGUCAAUGCAACAACAAAAAUUCUACCGCUGAUGAGGUUUCUGCUGAGUGCUUACGCUCAAUUGAUGUUGAGGACCUUUUGGAUGCAAUGCCUGCGGAAUGGAGGCCGACUACUCCUGACCUGCCCGCUCCUGUCUCGACCAAUGGCAUGCCAUCUCCUCAUCAGUGGCUCGUUCUUGACGGAGACCUGCUGCGUAACCACCCCUCUGAAGUGUGGGAGAAAUGGGAGACAGAAGGCACUGGUGCUCUGCAAAUCGUCAUUGGUGCAACUGCCCAUUCGGAUGCCAGUGUUGAGCUGUACCGUAAUGUUUCCGAUGGUGCUGAGAAGGAUGUCCGAAGCCACAUUGAGAACAGUGUCCUAGGGGAGGCAAAGGUUGCUGAGGACGCUAUCAACCGUUACAAUGCCACAUGGUCUGGACUUGCUUCUCUGGUUUCUGACAUCCGCACUGUGUGUCCCCUCAAUGCCAUGGCAACCAAGAUGCCCACAUCUGCAUACUUCUAUGUUGCAACUUUCCCUAUUAGUGGUUUUAAGGGGUGCGGGAGGGGUCGAUGGUCAAACAUCCCUACUAAGCGUGUAAGCGGGAAGACCAAGUGGCCUGCCCCACCUGUAGACUGUGAAGUCUCCAAAUCUGAGGAUGAACUGGAGUACCAGGAGCCUCUUGCUGAGCUGGGCAUUGAUGUUGCUGCCAUCAUGGGCAGGGUUGAGGGAGCCACACCUGAGGAACGUCGCUACAUCACUGCCAUGCAACAACUCUUUUAUCAGUUUGUCAGAUUUGGUGAGCUACACCAUGGUAGCGAGAGGUACAGUGGCCGUGUGCUUGUGGUCGACCAGGACACACUGCCAAAGAAUGAAUAUCCCAAUUGCAACUUCUGGAUUCAAAAAGAUAUUGUUCCAAGGUUUGGACAUAGAAAUUAAUGUUCGAUCUGCUCAAAAUAUUUCCCAUGGCGCCGUUUUACCCGGCCAUCGUAGCCAAAGAUUCUUUACUAUUCUUUGCCAUAACAUAAAUAAGUGAUCAAGAAUUUGGAUUUGUCAUUAUUUAUUGUAACAGUCAUCUUUAAAUGCUUAAUUUCCCUCCGGACUGUACGUGAUUAUUUGUGAACACAUGAAGAUAAGUAGAAUGGUUUUCAGUUAAAGAUAUUGUCAACUGACAGCCAUCCCAGGUGGAACAAAAAGCUACUGUGGUAUUAUCUCUGGCAUGCCAAGGUGUGUCAGCUGGACUUCAUAGUUUUUACUUUGUGUUCUACUUGGGAUAACAUAUCACAAUGAACUUUUUGUUGUCUUUUUGUCAAUUAUUACUGGAAAAAAUUGACCAAAUGAACUUGUGAGUUUAUUUCUGACGAGCGUCAAGCAACAUUACAGUAAAUGGCUCUUACCAUUUUUUUUUUAUAAAUGUGUGGAAGUGAAAGUGGUGUGUGCAUGGAUGAGUGUUUGAUAAUUGGUGCAUUGCACACGAUUGUAUUGUCAUUUCCAAUGUAUCUUAUUCGUAUGCAAUUGAUGUCCAACUCGAUACUUUAACUAUAAAGCUGCAGUUCUAAAAAACUGUGAUUAAGAGAGAAUAGUCAUUUUUUUCCUAGGUUUUUCCGUUAUUGUUGAGGAAUGCCAUGUAUACUCCUAGUUUACAAAAAAUAAUCAACCAAAAAACAUGGCUUAUGACUGUCUAGGGGCUGUUUACCAUGACUGAAAGAGAGAGCGACUUUGAUUCCCCCCAAUGUUUCUUAAGAUGCUUUCCUUGUAUGUCUCUCAUUAUUGAAAUUCAUAACAAUUGAGACUGAACAACACACUGUAGUGCUAUAUCCCAUCUGCUCAAAGUUCAUCCCUUAGUGAUUCCAGUCUCAAGUAGUUUUCAUUACUGUGUACAUGUAGUGCUUCAGUAGAAACAGGGGCAGCAUACCAUUUCAUUGUGUGUUCUUGUAGUCAGCACUGUAUUCUUUAUUGUCUAGUACUUAACUUCCAAUUACAUUUUCCUCUAAGAUCUUAUUAGAAGAUUUUCUUGAUGUCUUUUAGUUAGCUUUUGUAAAAUUACUAAUGUGCUUAAUCUGUAUUAAAGGGUUACUAAAUAAUAUGUAUCUAGAAAUCUGUAACUUGCCAGGUGGUGAAAUGUCAUGGAUUUAGUUAGUUGUUGCUUUGAAGCGUCCAUGUAAGUUGAGAUUGAACGAGCAACUUUUCUGAUUUACCUUGAGCAGAAUUAGAGGAUAGUUCUGGUGUUUAUUUUUCCCUCUUUUUAAAAUUUUUGUGAUAUUUAUUUUCAUUUAUUCCACAUCCCUAAUUCAUUGAGUUUUUAAUUUUUCAUGUGGUCCAUAAAAGUCUGUGAACAUUUGCGCGGGGAAAAGGCUGGAUAGAAAUAUUAUCAGUCAAUCUUGUGAUAUAAUUAUGAACUGAAAAUCAUCCUCCAAUUUGGAUGAUAAUUUACUGAAAAGUCUUGUGUUUUCCGCCCGUUUUGGUGUCACAGUGUUAUGCUUACAGAGAAGGAAUUUUCUUCACAAGACUUACAUCUUGCAUUAUGCAUGAGUGUUUUAUGAAAUUGACUCUCAAAAUGCAUGUACUUUACUCUAUGAGCCUUAAUUGACUGAUUGACAUUGUAUCUACAUCUCUGUACUUCUCCUAGAAUUUCCAUUUCCUUUUUGUUAACCCACGAAUUAAUUUGUACAUAUUUUUCUUAUGGUAAUAAAUUAUGAUCUCAA